AUGGUGGUUGUUGGACGGUGGUUGUUGGACAGUGGUUGGUGUUGGAUGGUGGUUGUUGUUGGAUGGUGGUUGUUGUUGGAUGGUUGUUGUUGGAUGGUCGUUGUUGUUGUUGGACGAUGGUUGUUGUUGGAUGGUUUUUGUUGGACGGUGGUUGUUGGACGGUGGUUGUUGUUGGACGUGGUUGUUGUUGGACGGUGGUUGUUGUUGGACGAUGGUUGUUGUUGGACGGUGGUUGUUGUUGGACGGUGGUUGUUGUUGGAUGGUUGUUGUUGGACGAUGGUUGUUGUUGGACGAUGGUUGUUGUUGGACGGUGGUUGUUAUUGGACGGUGGUUGUUAUUGGACGGUGGUUGUUAUUGGACGGUGGUUGUUGUUGGAUGGUGGUUGUUGUUGGACGGUGGCUGGUGUUGGACGAUGGUUGUUGUUGGACGGUGGUUGUUGUUGGAUGGUUGUUGUUGGAUGGUGGUUGUUGGACGGUGGUUGUUGUUGGAUGGUGGUUGUUGUUGGACGGUGGUUGUUGGACGGUGGUUGUUGUUGGAUGGUGGUUGUUGUUGGACGGUGGUUGUUGGACGGUGGUUGUUGUUGGAUGGUUGUUGUUGGACAGUGGUUGGUUUUGGACGAUGGUUGUUGUUGGACGGUGGUUGUUGUUGGACGGUGGUUGUUGUUGGACGGUGGUUGUUGUUGGAUGGUGGUUGUUGGAUGGUGGUUGUUGUUGGAUGGUUGUUGUUGGACGGUGGUUGUUGUUGGAUGGUGGUUGUUGGACGGUGGUUGUUGUUGGAUGGUUGUUGUUGGAUGGUGGUUGUUGUUGGAUGGUGGUUGUUGUUGGAGGGUAG